AUGGCCGUUCCCAACGGGAGAGACGUGACGAGCAGCGACGACCCCAGCAGCAAAGCCCCGAUAGCCUUCCCAGACUUCAGGCUGUUUGAUUCGGCUCAGGACAUACUUGAUCACAACAAGCGCAUCAUCAAGGAAAUCAAAGCCAACCACGAGUCGCAGACGCCGGAGGCACUCGCGCGGAACUGCUUCCUCAUACGAGAGCUCAACACUAACAUAGCGGCGGUCAUGCGAGCAUAUCGGAGCAUAGGGGACAGCUUUUCGCAGUACAUGUCGCAGCACCAGCAGCCAUACCUGCAGCCCCCGGUUGGACAGCAGGGUUACGGUGACAACAACACCAGCGAAGCUGCUGCAGCCGCCGCAGUGCCGCAGGCACCACCAAGGUGA